UGCACCGACCGGGAAUCGAACUGGCAACCUUCAGAUUACUAGCCCAACUCCCUCACCGCUCAGCCACCUUACUCCCCCAGUUAAUAAACAGAUGAAAGGUUUCCACGGGUGUCAAGAAAAGGAUGCGGCACCUUUCAUUGGUGUCACUCUACCCUAACGAUCGAGCCUGUAGAUUACAGAGCAGAGACGCCAGAAGGUAAAGUACAUUUAUUUCAAAAUCAUUCUGCUCUUACUUACUCUGUAAUCAGAACAGCCUGUGUUUAUAACACUCGGUUCAUAUAUUUCCUUCCCCUGUUUUGAGGUUAGCGUAAUUCACAGCUCAAUUCAGUACAAGAAAGAGGGGGGGGGGGGGAGAAUGCCGCGUUUGUAUUUGUCUUUUAAAACGUUUGAGUGAAGUCCUCCUCCCUUGUAGGUCGUAAUGUCUUAGCUUGCGGCGAAGCAGUGGCUGUAGUCUCCAUGGCGCUGUGGCCAUGUGUCGUCGUGGUGAUGAGUGCCGCUCUGCCGUGGGACGCUCCCUGUGUUUUGUAUGUGGGUGUGUGUGCAGGGGGAGGACGAACGAGGCAGAUGUGCUUUAGCUAAUGCUGCCUGAGAGCAGCUGGGCAGGGCUAAUAAACGAGCAAUAACACGAUGACAUCACCCAGAGAGAGAGAGGGAGAGAGAGCGAGCGAGCAUGGGGGGGGGGAGUGCGCGAGGAAGCUGUGCAGAGCAGCAGACUGAGGGCCAGCUCAGAACACAGGGAGCCGCGAGCGCUGUGAGGGAGAGACCGCGUGUGACUGGGAGAAGACCGGACAGGACAACCUCACCCCCCCACCCCCGACAGGGAUACAGCUCUUUCCGGAAGGAUCGGCAGAUUUUCCCCUCCUUUUCUUCUAUCACACCCUCCCUCCCUACCCCAUCCCGUUUCUCCUCAUUCUCUGUCAGUGGACCCCCCCCCCCCUCACGGCCCCUGCUUCGGUAGGCCUCGCCGGGCAUGCUACUUAAGCCAAAGUAUGGCCGCUUCCGCAACGACUCUGUGACCUCCUCCGACGACCUGAUGCAGAGCUUAGCCAUGAGCGGCAAAGUGGUGGCCAGCCCGGUCAUCCCCUCCUCCGCCCCCCCCAGCCUGCCGCUGCCCCCCCUGCCGCCCCUGGAGCCCUCCCCCCGGCCCUCCUCCGCAGCCCCGGCCCUGGCCGACUCCCCCUGCUUGGACGGGGAGCAGGAGAGGACCACCACCUUCUGCAUGCUCAUCCCCAGGAUGCCCCAGUGGAAGUUCUCCAACGCCCUGCUCAGCCGGAGCCCCUCCAACUCCAGCUCCAGCUCCUCCUCCAGCAAGGACUCUGGCAAGGCGGCGGCCCCCUCCCAGGCCUCCUCCCAUGGGGCCGGCGGGGCCUCGGCCAGUGGUCCCGUAGCCAGCCUGGCUGCAGUGCUGAACUCCUGUGACCCUGUGUGUGUCACCCCCUGUUCCCUACAGGCCAUCGGUCGCCUCAGAGCAGCGGCCGUCUCCAGCAGCCCAGGAGGCCACGGUUUGGGGGCCGUAGAGGCGGAAGGGAGCCCCGGAGGCCCUAGCACCCCCAGCUCCAGGUCAGGGAUGAGCCGCAGGACCAGGGUGGAGGGGAUGUGGCUGGGAGGAGAGGACUUCAACCAGAAGGGCAGCUUCAUGCACAAGCCCUCCCAGGGCUGGCUGCACCCAGACAAGACGAUCACGGGAACGGGAGCCUCCUAUAUCGUCAGGUACAUGGGCUGCAUCGAGGUACUGAAGUCCAUGCGGUCCUUGGAUUUCAACACCCGGACCCAGGUGACAAGGGACGCCAUUAACAGACUGUGUGAAGCCGUUCCCGGGGUCAAAGGAGCUUGGAGGAAGAAGACGGUGAACAAGGCCCUGAACUCCAUCAUGGGGAAGAGCAACCUGCGCUUCGCUGGCAUGAGCAUUGCCGUCAAGAUCUCCAUCGAGGGCCUGAGUCUCCUCAUUCCCACCACACGACAGGUGAUUGCACACCAUCCUAUGCAGUCCAUCUCCUUUGCUUCGGGGGGAGACACAUUGCAGGACACACCUGACUAUGUAGCGUAUGUGGCAAAAGACCCAGUCAAUCAGAGAGCAUGUCAUAUCCUGGAGUGUGGUGACGGCCUGGCCCAGAAUGUGAUCAGCACCAUCGGACAGGCCUUUGAGCUGCAGUUCAAGCAGUACCUCCACAGCCCACCUAAGGCCAUCCCUACUAUGGAUAGAUCCAUCAGGACAGACGAGUCGGCCUGGGGCGACGACGAGGACUCCUCCGAGCACGACUACUACAACAGCAUCCCCGGGAAGGUGCCCCCCGUCGGGGGAGUGGUGGACUCGAGGCUGAGGCCCUGCCAGGCCGCGCUGGGCCACGUCCACAGCCAGCCGCAGAGCAAGGCGGCCCAGAUUGGCUCCCCUGCUCGUAGAGACACGGCGUCCUAUCCCUCAGGUCAACUGUGCUACGAGUUGCACUGGGACACGGACCAUAAUGGAGGCUCAGGUUUGACAUCGGAUGGGUACCUCUGUGCAGACGGCCACCCGUCAGGGAGCCGGGACUACGAGGAGCACCUGUACGUGAACACCCAGACCCUGGAGGCCCUGGAGCAGGGGGCCGAGGGCCCCCGGGGGGCCCGGGUCCCCGAGAGCCCCAAGAAAGACAUCUUCGACAUGAGGCCGUUUGAGGACGCUCUGAAGCUACACGAAGCUGGGGGGAGCGGAGCGGCUUCUGCCGGGCCUGGUUCCGGGGCUGUUUCCAUGGGCGGUGUGAUGGUGCUGGAGGACCAGUGGCCCAGCCCCCCCCGGCGCCGUGCCCCCGUCGCCCCCACCGAGGAGCAGCUCCGCAGGGAGGCCUGGUACCACGGGCGCAUGAGCCGCCGCGACGCCGAGAAGCUGCUGGUUCGAGACGGGGACUUCUUGGUGCGGGACAGCGCCACCAACCCGGGCCAGUACGUGCUGACAGGCAUGCACUGCGGCCUGCCCAAGCACCUGCUGCUGGUGGACCCAGAGGGAGUGGUUCGCACCAAAGACAUGCUGUUCGACAGCAUCAGCCACCUGAUCGCCUACCACCUGAAGAACGAGCUGCCCAUCGUGGCGGCCGAGAGCGAGCUCCACCUGAAACAGGUGGUCCGGCGGAAACAGUGACCCCCGCCAACAAGAACCCCACCCACCCCUCCCCGACCCUGCCCGACCUGGUGGGUGUGGUGAGCGACAGCUUUAACAGAGGCCUGGCGCCGUGGGAAAAACAAAACGGCUUGCUGUUUAGUGUCGAAACCUCUCCGGUUUAGCCGAUGGCCAUUUUGUUGUUCAUUUCUGCUCCCUCUGUCAGGAUCUAGAGAAGAUGGCCCACGUUUCUGUGCAAGCUCCAGAGAGGAGGGGGCCUCCACGUCGCCAUACCCCCAGAACCGGAGCUUUCUCUGGGGGAAGCUGGACAGCGGAGACCCCCUCUGCCUGGAGAGAGAGGACUACCUCCCGCAGCUUAGCCACAGUGUUCACGGUCUUCACUCCGCGCCUCAGUCAGCUUUCAGUCAGCUUUCAGUCAUUAACUAAGCUAACCCGCAACACCUCAGACAGGAUGUCCAGCCCAUAGGAGCCCAGUCUGACCAAUCCCGGGGCUGGAAAUCCUGAGUUCUCAAAGGGUCAAGGACAUCACCAGCCUUCAUCAGAGCUGCGUUACACUCAGUUGUCCCAGAAGUGUGAGAUGAUGCACAAAGCGCAGGAUGAGAGAUGGUUAGAAGCUUCUCCCUGGUUCCAUCCUGUCUACACAGCUACUGACGAGCAUAUCCCAUUCCUGUGGCUUUUAGUCCAGUACGAAUAAUUCUUAGACGAGAACAGACUGUACUGUCAAACGUUUGAAAAAACAUCGGCCAAGCUUCAUGUGUCCCCCCCCCCCAAACCCUUCAGUCUAACUAGAAAAUAAACGGCCACCGUUGAAAGGGAGACGCCACUCUCAAUCUGAAUGAUGAUGAAGGUGAAGGACUUUGCUCGGAUCUCCACACGCUUCAGAGAGAGUCGUAGCAGUCCGCGUCGCACCGAUCAGGGUGAUCGCUGUUAGCUAACCGCUAACCGAUUAGCCUCGCCGUGCCACACAGUCCCAGCUGCACGAUCACGCUCGUCGCCUCGGAGAUGUCAGACAACGGUUUGAUUGACAGCUCUCCACGCCCCAAAGCAAAGACUACAAGCACGACGCAACCCUGAGGUGAAGUCGAGGACGAGUGUCAGUUCCUGCCUGUCGGUGUGGACACAGUCGCUGUUUCACCGAUGACCGGUUCGUAACGGGGGGUUGUCCACCUGUAGUCCUCGUGUGUUGUGUGUCAUCACACGAGAGAAAGAGAGAACGAAGGGGAAAAAAAGCUUGGUUCUUUCCCCCAGUUGAAUGUGUUGAUAUCUAUCUGGUCUGGUUGUGACUGGAUGUAGGUCUAAACCAUAUUUUAUCCGUAUACCGAGAGCCCGUCCAAAUUCAGUGCCUUAAUAUAUCACGUGUUUUGUCUUUUCAAAGUUGACUGCUGGGAUUACACAUGACUCACAGGAAAGAGAAUUGUUUUGUGUUCGGUACAGUGUGCGUGGGGUGCGCUGUCGUUUUCCAAAAUGCCAAACCUUACUUAAACAAAGCGAAUCAACGAACAACAUCAAAUGGAGGUAAAAUCCCAACCUGCUAUCGUGAACUCCGUUUUAUGCUGCUGGUUUGUGGGAGUUGUUAAGGGUUUGAACAUUGUUUAAAUCCCACAUCAUUCUGAAUGACUGACCUAUUUCACUUUGCUUACCACAAUAUCAGUUGUCAAAUGAUUUCGGAGCUGUUUUGAAUUGAGUGGUGCCAUCAGUGAUAUAUAACAGGUCUUUGCUGUCCUAUUUAGGCAGGCGUCUCUGUCACCAUGAUUUAAGCUUCCCAGAUCUUCCACUUUGCUUUCUCAGGUCUUUUCUUGUAUCUCGUCUUCUGUAAUGCAUUUUGUCAA